AUGUCUUCGGCAAAGGAUAAAACUUCUGAUACCGGAGCGGUGACCCUGCGCCCGGCCACGCGCGGCGAUAUGAGAUACGUUCUGGACAUGAUACAGGAACUAGCAGAGUAUGAAGGUGUCCCGGAUGGCCCGCAGAUCACUGUGGACGAUCUCGUUCGCGAUGGGUUCGACUCAUCGUCACCGUGGUUCUUCGGGCUGAUUGCGGAGCUCGAUGGCGCAGUUGUAGGGCACGCGUUUUGCAACCGCGCCUACUCGAGUUGGACGUGCCGCGCGUAUUAUCUCGAAGACUUGUACGUGCGGCCGCACGCUCGGCGACACCGCAUCGGCCAGCGCUUGAUGCAAGAGCUCUGCCGGAUGGCCGUGCGCGACAAAGUGACCCGCAUUGACUGGCACGUGUUGGCAGACAAUGCGCCGGCGCUUGGAUUCUACGCGAAGUUGGGCGCGAGGGACAUGCGCGUGAGCGAGGGGCGCACCGCCAUGCGUCUCGAUGAACCCUUUAUCAAGCAACUGAGUAUCGAGCACUGA